AUGGCGGCAGCGUUUAAUGUUUAUGGCAACCCAGUUUUGAAGGAAGCUAUUGAUGGAAUUCAUGGCGUCUCUUCACCCAGAGGGGUGUUACAGUACCCAUUCACUUGGGAGAGGGGAAGGGGCACGGGAGAGUGGGUGGAGGAAAGACUAGAUAAGGUGGUAGCGGUUGAGGAGUGGUGUGAUAUGUAUAGGGGAGCUAUACUCUAUAAUGUGGUUACACUCAAUUCGGAUCGUUCGAUUCUUUUCUUGGACUUUCAUGGCCGUACGGAGGAGGGUGGUAGGAGAAUGAGUUUUCGUUUUGAAAAUGCUUGGCUGUUUGAGGAGGACUGUAGAGGGGUGGUUCAGGGGGCUUGGGCGGAGUCAACAGGUUUGGGGUUGCAAGAGCGGUUGGGGUUGUGUGGUACAAGUUUGGGGAGGUGGGGUGGUGAGAGGUUUCACAAGUUUGGUAGAACUAUUGGGAAACUGCAUAAUGAAAUGGAUCGGUAG